AGGGGGGAGAAACCUCUGUUCAGCGCUGUGAGGAGAGGAGACAGACAGGUGGUGGAGCUGCUGCUGAGUCGGGGGGUGGAGGUGAACUCUGUGGAUCAGCAGGGUCGAACUCCUCUGAUGGCGGCCGCCUCCGAGGGGCACGAAGACACCGCCCAGCUGCUCCUGGAUCAGGGAGCGUCUCUGGACCAGGCGGACCGAGAGGGUCUGACUCCGCUCAGCUGGGCGUGUCUGAAAGGUCGUCUCUCAUUGGUCAGAUUGCUCGUGGGUCGAGGCGCCGCCACCAGUCACGCAGACCGCAGCGGACGCACGCCUCUGGACCUCGCUGCGUUUCGUGGAGACCCGGAAGUGGUGCAGCUGCUGGUGGACCACGGCGCCUCCGUGGAGCACGUGGACUGCAGCGGGAUGAGACCUCUGGACCGAGCCGUCGGCUGCAGGAACACCUCAGCCGUCAUCGCUCUGCUCAGGAAGGGAGCCAAGAUAG